CCCGAGAGGAAUAUCCAUCGAAAGAGUAUUCCACAAUGCAAAUUAGAUAUCACGUGCACGAAACGCUAUACACGUGAUGACACACAUGACCGAAGCCAGGAAGUAAACACAGAUCGGAGAAUGGAACGCAAGAUGCGUUCCACCUACGAAAAGACCGCCCCAC